AUGUAUGCUAUUGGGGGAAACUUGAGCAUGAACGCAGUGAAGAACUACAUGGCAAAGGAAUGGAAUUUCGUAAAGCUUCCUGAAAUAUUCUACAACGAUGAAGGGUACUUCAUCCUGAAGUUCAAGACGGACGCAGACAGAGAAGAGGUUAUGAUGAAGGGUCCUUAUACGAUCAGGAAUAUGCCUAUGGUGCUCAUGGAUUGGCGACCGGAUUUCUCUAUGGAGAGGGAUAUGUUGCGAACAGUUCCAAUUUGGGUGAAGCUUCCCCGACUUCUUCUUCACAUGUGGGGAGAGAGGAGUCUGUGCAAGAUUGGUAGCAUCAUAGGAACCCCUAUGUUCACUGAUGAAUGCACAACAACAAAACUAAGAUUCACAUAUGCAAGGAUCCUAGUGGAAGUUGAUUUAACUCAAAAGCUAUGUGAAGAAAUAAUUAUCAACUAUGAUGGAAAGAAAAGGAAACAAAGAGUGGAAUAUGAAUGGAGGCCCCAGUUUUGUGAACGAUGUCAAAAGGUGGGUCAUGUCUGUGAGAGGGACAAGAAGCCCCAUAAAAGCCAAAGGAAGGAGAUACAAGAUCCAACAGAGGACAAUCCACACAAGAAAGAUGGGAUGGCGGACAAACCAGAGGAUGGAGGAGAGUGGGCUGAAGUGCUCAAAGGGCUGAGAACUAAAGCUAAGCAAAAAGAGAUUAACUCCCGUCUCUUGAAGCUACAACCUAGUAUUGCAAUUUUACUUGAAACAAGGGUCAAGAAAGAUAAAGCUGGUAGAUGUAGGAGGAAUAUGGGAAACAGAUGGAAGGUUAUUGACAAUUAUAGUAAGCAUGACAAUGGCAGGAUUUGGGUUCUAUGGGAUGAGAACAAAAUAACAGUCAAGGUGGAAUCCAUGACUGACCAGAUGGUACACUGUGGGGUGUAUAAUACUGAUGGUGAGUUUGUGCACUGGAUUACUACCAUAUAUCCUUCUAAUAUACUUGAUAGAAGGAAAGAGCUAUGGAAAGAUAUGGGAAAUAUAAGCAAGCUUCAGCAGGGGCCAUGGAUUGCAAUGGAGGAUUUUAAUAAUGUGCUGGGAAUGCAAGAUAGAAUAGGUGGUAGAGCAGUCCAGGAACAAGAAUUCAAAGACCUAAGGGAUAUGAUGGAGAAUGAACGACUGUUUGAAAUUGAGAGCAAAGGAGAGAGGUUCACAUGGUACAACAAACAUACAGAGGACCCAAUAUACUCAUGUAUUGAUAGAGUCAUUGGCAACAUGGAAUGGAUUCAAAAGAACAUGAACAAGACAGUGCAUAUGUUGGAACUUGGGGUAUCUGAUCAUGUUGUGGUGUGUAUACAAGGUGAUGUGCUGGAGAGACCAAAAACUGGGUUUAAAUUCAUAAAUGUUGUGACAGGCAUGACAGGGUACAAUGAGGAGGUGACAAGAAGUUGGCAAGAGCAGAGUAGAGGGGUCAGAGGGAAUAGGUUGUGGCAGAAAUUGAUGAGACUUCAGCCAGUUCUCAAAAAGCUUAAUAGGCCAAUCCUUAGCAUCAAGAGCCAGCUUCAGAAGAAAAGAGUUGAGCUGAAUGAGGUUCAAAAUAUGGUAAGGUAA